CCUUCACCGCGGCCCCUCCGCACGUGACAGAGCGCGGCCGAGGCGGAGGCGGCGCCGGGGCGGGCGGGUCCCCUGCUUUCGGCCAGGGGAGCCUUUGAGCGGCGCCCAGCUGGGAGACCCUGGAAGGUGGUCAAGAAAUUGCCCCGGGGGGAAAGCGAAGCGUUCUCCGCAACCCGCCCCUCCCUCGUCACGUGGCCACGCUGGGCGGAAAGAGGGAACCCAAGGCCAGGAGGCCCAGAAAGGAGCAAUGAUGCUGCCCAAACCUGGGAUCUAUUACUUCCCCUGGGAGGUCAGUGCCGGCCAAGUUCCUGAUGGGGACACACUGAGAACGUUUGGCAGGUUGUACAGCUACGACAUGACAAAGUCCCGAGUGACCCUGAUGGCUCAGCACAGAUCUGACCAGCACCCAAUCCUCGUCUGUACCAAGUUGGUGGAACCGUUCCAAGCCCAGGUGGGCUCCCUCUACAUGGUCCUUGGGGAGCUGGAGCACCAGAAGGAUGGAGACUGCGUGGUGAAGGCCCGGGUGCUGACUUGUGUGGAAGGAAUGAAUCUCCCCUUGUUAGAACAAGCCAUCCGGGAGCAGAGGCUGUACCAACGAGAGAGGGACAGCAGCCAGUAGAAAGCGAAACAGCAGCUCCUGGCAAACCGCCCCACCCCCUCCCCGCCGCCGCCCCCGCGCUGGAGCUGCAGCUGCCGCCGAGAAGAUGCAGGAGCUUCCUGGAGAGAAGAGGGGAGGGGUUGUUCAUUGGGAUUGCCCCAGAAAUGGAAGCCUAGAGAUCAGAGGCCGGGCUCUGGGGCCCUGGGGGAUGGGCCCCGUGUGGAUCCUGGAGGGUUGCAGAAGGUCCUCGUGAAUAAAGCCAUGUGGUGUGACGUA